AUGAGGAAGCUGCAUUUUCUUAGACAUCAGUUCAAUGGUGUUCCGGGUUCCUGCCAUGAAGUCGGGCAGACUGUGGGAAAGUUUCUCCUGUCGGACUCUGAUGUUUAUAAUGGAGAUCUGUUGGAUGACAGACGAGAAUACAGACCUCAGCAGAACCUCCUCACUGCACCAACCUCCUCGCUGCACCAACCUCCUCGCUGCACCAACCUCCUCGCUGCACCAACCUCCUCGCUGCACCAACCUCCUCGCUGCACCAACCUCCUCGCUGCACCAACCCCCUCGCUGCACCAACCCCCUCGCUGCACCUCCUCCCUGCACCAACCUCCUCGCUGCACCAACCCCCUCGCUGCACCUCCUCCCUGCACCAACCUCCUCGCUGCACCAACCUCCUCGCUGCACCAACCUCCUCGCUGCACCAACCCCCUCGCUGCACCAACCCCCUCGCUGCACCAACCCCCUCGCUGCACCAACCUCCUCGCUGCACCAACCUCCUCGCUGCACCAACCUCCUCGCUGCACCAACCUCCUCGCUGCACCAACCUCCUCGCUGCACCAACCUCCUCGCUGCACCAACCUCCUCGCUGCACCAACCUCCUCGCUGCACCAACCUCCUCGCUGCACCAACCUCCUCGCUGCACCAACCCCCUCGCUGCACCUCCUCGCUGCACCAACCUCCUCGCUGCACCAACCUCCUCGCUGCACCAACCUCCUCGCUGCACCAACCUCCUCGCUGCACCAACCUCCUCGCUGCACCAACCUCCUCGCUGCACCAACCUCCUCGCUGCACCAACCUCCUCGCUGCACCAACCUCCUCGCUGCACCAACCCCCUCGCUGCACCAACCCCCUCGCUGCACCAACCUCCUCGCUGCACCAACCCCCUCGCUGCACCAACCUCCUCACUGCACCAACCUCCUCACUGCACCAACCCCCUCACUGUACCAACCCCCUCACUGUACCACCAGCCUCCUCACUGUACCAACCUCCUCACUGCACCAACCUCCUCACUGUACCAACCUCCUCACUGCACUAACCCCCUCACUGCACCAACCCCCUCACUGCACCAACCCCCUCACUGCACCAACCCCCUCACUGUACCAACGUCCUCACUGCAAUCUUCUCACUGCACCAACCUCCUCGCUGCACCAACCUCCUCGCUGCACCAACCUCCUCGCUGCACCAACCUUCUCGCUCACUGCACCAACCUCCUCACUGCACCAACCUCCUCGCUGCACCAACCUCCUCGCUGCACCAACCCCCUCGCUGCACCAACCCCCUCGCUGCACCAACCUCCUCGCUGCACCAACCUCCUCACUGCACCAACCUCCUCACUGCACCAACCCCCUCACUGCACCAACCUCCUCACUGCACCAACCUCCUCACUGCACCAACCUCCUCACUGCACCAACCUCCUCGCUGCACCAACCCCCUCACUGCACCAACCCCCUCACUGCACCAACCUCCUCACUGCACCAACCUCCUCACUGCACCAACCUCCUCGCUGCACCAACCCCCUCACUGCACCAACCCCCUCGCUGCACCACCAGCCUCCUCACUGUACCAACCUCCUCACUGCACCAACCCCCUCACUGCACCAACCUCCUCACUGCACCAACCUCCUCGCUGCACCAACCCCCUCACUGCACCAACCCCCUCGCUGCACCACCAGCCUCCUCACUGUACCAACCUCCUCACUGCACCAACCCCUCACUGCACCACCAACCUCCUCACUGCACCAACCUCCAUUCUUAUCUCUGAAGGUUGGACUUGGACUCGUGUUUCUCCAUGUAACAGAGUGUAGAGUGAGUCAGUUUGGAAUCUCACUUUCCUCAUUAAUCACAUGAUAGGUUUACAAUGCUCCAUUUGGUCUAUUUGACCCGUCUCCCAAGCAGGCUCGUGGUGAAAUUCUUAGUAGGUUUGAGUAUAAUCUUGUGUCCUUUCUAGCUGAAGUGCGGCUGGUGUCAGACACACAGUGAUGGGCCGAGGAAGCAGUGGAGCUCCCAUGUUUGAUAUUAAAGCAUUGGUGAGGUCUUCACCAUUAGCCGCCGAGCUGUCAUGUAGCUCAGCCCCGCCUGGCAUGUAUUUUGUAAACGGAAGGUAGAUGGUUUGUCUUGUUGGAUCAUUGGUGUUUGCUCCUGACUUUGGCAUAAUCGUGUCAUUUUUAGAAUUAAACAUUUGUCCACUUGUAUUUGUCCUUUCCCAGAGACCUCCGCUGCCCAUCACUGCCCACGCAUGUCACCUUCUGCCAGCGCUACUGUACCCCUCAGUUAGCACUCAGUUCUUCCUACCGUCUGCUAUCUUCUGUAAAUAUUGUACAGAGAAAAUAUUGUAACAUGUUUUUUCUUAAAAAAAAGUAGCAGAUUUUGGUUUCUGGAGCUUUCCUGAUGAAAUAGUUCAAACAUGGUAAUAAACAUCUUUUGCCUCUGUUUGUUGAAGCCUGCUGUUAGGGUAGGCCACUGAGUCCUGUGGUGCUAGUGGACUCUGGACACACAUUUCCCUUCCUAUUAAUUUUAAACACAGGUAGAAUUCCAGUAAUGUCCUCCCACAUCCCUUUGUAAAUACUCCUCGUGCCUGACCUCACUUCACUCCUAUUGUACAGCUGAUGUUUCAGGCAGCUUCAUCUUCACUGUACCAAUCCCAUGGAUAGUGCUCAUAUUGUCAUGAUGUCCCAUUAUGUGAUGGUUCUGUGCUGAUUUUGAAGUGCUGGUUCCUGCGCCAAUGAAUCAUUGUUUCAGUACUUGUGAUAAAGCUGUCGAUCUCCUUUGACCCCCGUCCUGUCCUGUCCUGUCCUGUCCUGUACUGGCUUUGGUUAGGAAUACAAAUGUCAACAUGCAAACGCAACAUGUGAAGCGAGCAGCUGAGUCACCCAGCUCCCUGGUUCAUUACCAUUUACAAUGGAAUCUUUUAUAUUAAAACUCACAAAGUGCACGUUCUGCCGACUUUGUGAGGCUUCCAACUAACCUUAGUGUUCAGUGGAGAGAACUGUUAAGAGAGAGGCUCUUAUGUGUGAAGUGGAAAAAAGAGUGGAUUGUUGCGGGAGCUGCAGUUGACCAUCGGAGCUUGCAAUGAAUUAGCACAAAUGGUCACUAGGCUGUAUGUCGGCUGUGCUCACUGUUCCUGCACUCACACUUGCUCGGCGCUGUGUGUGGGAUUAGCUGAUUACCGUUAGGAACACACAAGCUAGAUUCCUGUCCUCCAAUUAGAACAGAUGUACAUCUGGGGCAAUACUGCUGUAGUGAGACAGGGACAGACUGAUAUCACCUCAGACACCCUCACACACCAUUAAGCUCAUUGAAAUGUUCAUACUGAACCUGAUGCACUUCCCACCCAGAUUCCAUUUCACUGCCUCCCAUUUCAACACUUCCACUUGAGGUCGGGCGUGUGGUCUCCUCCCUCUCCUAUCCCCACAGCAGAACGGAAACCAGAGGUGGGGGCUUUUAAUCUGUUCCCCAACAAUCUAUCUCUGGGAUUGCCAUGUGUAGCUGGGAUGCAUGGAGUUCGCAGCUUGCUUUGGAGACUCUUUAAGCAACGGUGAUGGGUUUCCACGCGUGUCUGACACCCGGCUGGUCAAAAAAACCCUAUUGAGUUAUGGUCUGCCCUCGAGGACUGCCAUGUGCGGGGCCUGGCAGCUACUGGGGAUGUGGGGAGUUAGAGUGAGGCUGAGCAGAGAUUCAGGCUGGGCUCUAGUUUACAGGCCGAAGCCAUGAGACCUGCUGCCCACAAUACCCGCCUUUACCAGGAGAAUGUCCUGUUUCACACGGUUGAAACAAGAAGUGCACAGUUGUGCCAAACUCUGAUUCCCUUAAGUAUAUCUUUAUUUCAGAUUUUGCCUGCUGCCAAGUUAUUGCUUUUGUUGAUUGCCCCAGGCAGAGACUGUGCCCUGGGGCAGAGGAUGGUCAUGUAAGAUCUGAAGAGCUUGACCAGCAGCUGAUCGGUGGACAAGGAUUUGGUGUCAGUCUGUCUCUCUGUCGCUCCAGUCAUUUGGCUCCAGGUCAAUGCAAGCACCAGGACCAAUGGUCUGAUUUACCUCAGCUCAUAGAGGGCUGCUGGGUCUCAGUACUGAGAGCAGGACAGUCUCUGGGAAAAAACGCAUCGUGUUUACUUGUCCUUCCUUAAGGUGCAACAAACUCAAGGAAACUAGUUAAGGUUAGAAUUACUAUCCACUCUUCAGAUUGUUCCUGCAGCGAUGGCUUCCUAGUUGUAAUGUUUCCAGAAUGUGUGUCCCUGCAGCGCUCACUACCAGAUAGACACACAAUUGGGAAUUCACUAAAAACUUUAGAUUUGUGCUUGUCCCGUCCCUUAAUGGCUUUCCCUGUGUUAUUCUCCAUCAGUCAGCACAGAGGGGAAGGCUGCUUGUGUUGCUCAUGUACUGUUGUAUAGUUUCCAGACCAUCUCCUCCCUGUCCUGUCCCCUCCGUGAAUGUAGCUGUGCGUCAAACUGACAGCGUCACCGGUACUUGAAGUGUAGACGUUUACAACAUAUUAUUUUUGUUGCUGCGUUGGAUUGGUUUCUUGAUAAGUCAAAUGAAAGCUCUUACUGGUGUAUCUCAUGUAAAGUGUAUAUUAAGGAGUUCUUUUUAUACAGUACUGUACCUUGCCUUGUGCAUUUAGGCAAAAAAAGUAAUAAAUCUUUUUAUGAGACAAUCACAA